AUGACGCCGCGCGGCCCCGCUGGGAUGAGCAGAACAGGUCCCACCGAGCGCUGGCGUGGCCGCAGGGGCGCGCGUUGCAAGAUGCACGAACCGCGACAGCAGCACCUCAGAGGCUUCCACCUGAGCGGCGUGGUGACGACGCCCCGGUCUGCCAGCCCCACCUCCUCCUCGUACAGCCUCGAGCCCGACAAGAAGUACAAAGUCUCCGUCAGCUUCGACAGGUGCAAGAUCACGUCGGUGACAUGCAGCUGCGACACGAAGGACAUCUUCUGGUGCCAGCACGUGGUCGCGCUCUCGCUGUACCGCAUCCGCAACGCGGAGAGCGUCCGACUCAGGGUCCCAAUCUCCGAAACACUUUUGCAGAUGGAUCGUCAGCAGUUGCAGAAAUUCAUUCAGUAUCUCAUAUCAGAACACCACACCGAAGUACUACCCACAGCUCAAAAAUUGGCUGAUGAGAUUUUGCAACAAAGAUCUGAAAUUAAUCAGAUUCCAGGCGCACCCGACCCAACAGCUGGAGCAAGUGCAGAUGAUGAUCACAGCUGGCACUUGGAUGAGGAGCAAGUUUGCGAGCAGGUGAAGUCCUACCUGUCACAAGGCAGCUACUACAAUGCUAAUAAGCAACUAAACUCGCUAUUUGCAAAGGUGAGAGAGAUGCUGAGAGCUAGAGAUUCAAAUGGAGCAAGAAUGCUAACUCUCAUCACAGAACAGUUCCUUUCUGAUCCAAGACUGAUGCUUUGGAAGACCCAGGGGACACCUAUGACAGAUAAAUGCAGGCAGCUCUGGGAUCAGCUAGGUGCCCUAUGGGUCUGCAUUGUUCUGAAUCCACACUGCAGUCUCCAGGAAAAGCAACACUGGAAAGCACUGUUAGAAAAGUGGACACUAAUAGAUGUUUGUCCACAAGAAGACCCAGAUUUCAGACCUCAACAACCACCUCGCCAAGAUGCUAUGCAUGUGAGUGAUUCCUCAGAUAGUAGUUCUGAUGAUGAAGGGGGAGGUGAUGGAGGCUACCAGGGUAUAAAUAAUAAUGGUCGUCCUCGAACCUCAGGCCACAGAAGUCAUCAUUCAAGAGCCACUACCUCAGCUGUACCUAGAACAGUGUUCCACAGGGCAAUGGAUGCAGUUGGAAUGUCCUGGGACAACUUGCAUUUGAAACACAUUCUCUCAAGUGAUACAUACUGUAGCCAUGUUCCUGAUAGUUCUCUGCUUUGUGGAAGUUUCAACUCACAAGGGCAACCAUUGUGGCAUGAACCAUUGCCGACAUGUGCGGCUCGCGUGGAUGCUCUGCGUUCACACGGCCACCAGGGAGCUGCCUUGAGGCUGGCAGUGGCAGUCGUCCGCACGAUGAAGCAGCAGCAGCUAGCCGCACAGCGCCGUUGGCAUGAGAGCCGCCAUCGCAUGCCUGUGCUGGGAACGCCAUGCUCCUCCCGCUGCCCGGCAGCCAUUCCUGUUCCUCCUACAAUCCCUGUCCCUACACCAGGACCAGCUGCUGGAGUGUCUGGGACAGGCUGGGGGGAGGGAUGGGUCGGUCACCCUCUAGACCCAGUCGGAUGUCUGUUCGAUACGUUGGCUGAAGCCUCACUGGUCCCAGAUGAUCAGACUCCUCGUACACCAUCUUACUUUGACCCUGUUGGCGUUGAUGACACAAGUGCCAACGUUCCUCCUCGGUACCACCAUGUUCCUGUUGUGGCUUCUCGUGAUCGUUCAGAAACUUACCUUACCCUUGCAGUGGAAGUAGCUCUCAUUGGACUGGGUCAGCAGCGUAUUAUGCCCACAGGACUUUAUGCUCAGGAGAAAUCCUGCAAACAAGAAGAUCGUCUGAUUGCAAAGCUGCAGGAAAUAGAACUGGACAACAGCCUGGUUGCGGUGCUACGGCGCCAGGCAAUUGUAUUACUUGAAGGAGGCCCUUCAAGUGGACUGGGUAUUGGCAUCCAUCCAGAAAGCAUUCCAAUGCAUACUUUUGCUAGGUUCCUGUUCCUCUCACUUCUCAACUACUACCCUGACUUAGCCUAUGAGGUUGGUCUACGUGCUAUGAGGUUACCCAUUUUGGAGGAGCAUGAGGAUGCUGAUGACCCAGUCAAUGCAAAUGUGAAUUCAUUAGUCCUGAGUCGAUAUCCACGUUGGUUUACACUGGGCCAUAUUGAAACUCAACAAUGUGCAUUGGCCUCAACAAUGCUCAGUGCAGCAAAAGGUGAUGUUCUUAGACUCAGAACUGUACUCGAGUCGUCACAGCGCCAUAUACAUAGUUCCUCUCACUUAUUUAAGCUAGCACAAGAUGCCUUUCGCUUUGCUACUCCAGAAAAUGGGCCAAGGCAUCCAACACUGUUGAGUGUAGCCUUUGAAUUAGGACUGCAGGUUAUGAGAAUGACAUUAUCCUCUUUAAAUUGGAGACGUCGUGAAAUGGUACGAUGGUUGGUAACAUGUGCUACAGAGGUGGGUGUAGAAGCUCUUGUCUCAAUCAUGCAGAACUGGUAUCAACUCUUCACACCUACAGAAGCGACAGGCCCUGUUGCUACCACUAUAAUGUCCCACAGCACUAUUAUGAGACUAAAUCUGUCCUAUGCUCAGCAAGAAGAGCUCUCAAGUUGUGCCAGAAAUCUAGCACUGCAGUGUGCUACAAAAGAUCCACCAAACUGUGCCUUGAACGCAUUAACAUUAUGUGAAAAUGAAGCUCUGGCCUUUGAGACAGCAUAUCAAAUUGUUAUCGACGCCGCAUCUCAUAUCAUGACUUCAUCACAGCUCUUCACAAUUGCGCGAUACAUGGAACACAGAGGCUAUCCUACCAGGGCUUAUAAACUAGCAAUGUUGGCAAUGAAAAAUGUCCAUCUUGCAUACAACCAGGACACGCAUCCAGCAAUAAAUGACAUCCACUGGGCCUGCGCACUGAGCCAUUCACUCGGAAAAUCGGAACUUACGAACAUGAUACCGUUACUGGUCAAGAAUGUUCAGUGUGCUACAGUGCUGUCGGACAUACUACGCCGCUGCUCAAUGACUGCUCCAGGAAUGUCCUGCCCACAUCCUGCUCCUGAUGGGACAAAGCACCACCACCACCAUCACCACCACAGAGGGGGGAAUAGAGGAAGCUGUGGCGGCGGUAUGAAACCAUUGUCUUAUGACAGGCCACCCCUGCGUCAGCUGCUGGAAGCUGCAGUUGCAGCAUAUGUAGCCACCACACAUUCAAGGCUCACUCAUAUUUCGCCCCGGCACUAUGGUGACUUUAUAGACUUCUUGGGUAAAGCCAGAGACACAUUUAUACUAGCCCAUGAUGGGCAUGCUCAGUUCACGCAGCUUGUUGAAAAUAUGAAAGUGGCAUACAAAGGCAAAAAGAAACUUAUGUUUCUUGUAAAAGAAAGGUUUGGCUGA